CUCUUCCCUCCCUGUUCCUUCUCUCGCUUUCUCCUUCAUUUAUACCCUCUUCCUUCUUCUUCUUCUGUCUCCCCUCUUCAUCAAACCUCAUACUUCUUUGCUUGUCACUCUCUCUUCUUCACCAUGACCAUAACAUAGCCGAAAAGCAAUUGUGUCCUGGAACCGAACACGGCCUUAAACUCAAAUGGCUUCAGCAAACUCUCUACCGCCAACAGACCCGUCUUCGUCCACGGAAGACCCAGCUGCAAAAGCCGUGAACAAGCGAUACGAGGGGCUCAUCACGGUUCGAACCAAGGCUACCAAGGGCAAAGGAGCCUGGUACUGGGCCCAUCUGGAACCAAUUCUCGUUCGAAACCCGGACACCAACCUCCCAAAAGCCGUUAAACUUAAGUGCUCCUUGUGCGACGCCGUCUUCUCCGCCUCCAACCCUUCCAGAACCGCCUCCGAGCACUUAAAACGCGGCACUUGCCCCAAUUUCAGCUCCGUUUUGAGACCCAAUUCCUCUCUCUCUCCUUUACCUAUAUCUUCAUUGGCUGCCCCUUCUGCUUCAUAUCAUCAUCAUAAUCAUCGAAAGCGAAGUCCCUCAGUAGCUAUCGUCUCUCCUUUACAAAACCAAGUAAGUAAUAACAGUAACGAUGAUAAUAAUAACGCGUUGGCUAUAGUUGAGUCGACUCGUUUGCUGGGUUUCUCGAGUCAUAAUAAUAACAAUACUGCUGGGUUGACUCACCAGCAUUUGGUUUUAUCUGGUGGGAAAGAAGAUUUAGAUGCAUUAGCAAUGUUGGAAGAUAGCGUUAAGAGGCUUAAGAGUCCUAAAACUUCUCCUGGUCCAGCUUUAAGCAAGGACCAGAUUGAUUCUGCAUUCGAUUUACUAGCUGAUUGGUUCUAUGAGUCUUGUGGGUCAGUCUCCUUUUCGAGCCUCGAGCACCCAAAGUUUCGGGCUUUCCUUAGCCAGGUUGGGAUGCCUGCUGUGUCAAGGAGGGACCUCUCGGGUGCACGGCUUGAUAAUAAGUUUCAUGAGGCCAAGAGGGAAUCCGAGGCUAGAAUUAGGGAUGCAAUGUUCUUUCAGGUUGCUUCUGAUGGGUGGAAGAGAAAAAAUUGUUGCUGUUGUAGUAGUAGUUAUACUAGUAGUAGUAUUAGCUCAUGCUGUGUGGAGGAAAAUUUGGUUAAAUUUAGUGUUAAUCUUCCGAAUGGGAGCAGCGUGUACCAGAAGGCAGUCUUUACUGGUGGAUCAGUGACUUCCAAGUAUGCGGAGGAGGUUUUGUGGGAGACGGUAAUGGGGAUUUCUGGAAGCGGUGUGCAGAAGUGUGUAGGAAUAGUUGCAGAUAAGUAUAAGGCGAAGGCAUUGAGGAAUUUGGAGAUUCAGAAUCAUUGGAUGGUUAAUCUAUCUUGUCAACUUCAAGGUUUUGUUAGCUUGAUAAAGGAUUUUAGCAAAGAGCUUCUCCUUUUCAGGACUGUCACUGAGAAUUCCUUAAAGCUUGCAAAUUUUGUAAAUAAUAAGUCGCAAGUUAGAGCAAGCUUUCAAAAGUAUAGGAUGCAGGAGCUUGAGUGUGCUGGGUUGAUACGGGUUCCUUCCAACAAAUGCGAUUGCAGCAGUAAUAUUGCACAUGUUUUUGCAAUGUUGGAGGACAUACUGAACUGUUCCCGAGUGCUUCAGAUGGUUGUGUUGGACGAUUUUUACAAGGUGAUCUGUGUUGAGGAUCCAGUUGCACGGGAAGUUGCCGGGAUUGUCCAAAAUGAGGGGUUUUGGAAUGAUUUGGAGGCAGUUUAUUCACUGGUGAAGUUGAUCAAAAGCAUGGCUCAAGAGAUUGAGGUGGAGAGGCCACUUAUUGGGCAAUGCCUCCCUCUCUGGGAGGAGUUGAGGGUAAAAGUGAAGGAAUGGUGUACCAAGUUCAACCUUGCAGAAGCACCUGUUGAGAAAAUUGUUGAAAAGAGAUUUAGAAAGAACUACCACCCUGCAUGGUCGGCUGCUUUUAUACUUGAUCCGCUUUACUUGACACGGGAGACUAGUGGAAAAUACCUUCCACCAUUCAAGUGCCUGACUCAUGAGCAGGAGAAGGAUGUUGAUAAGCUCAUAACUCGUUUGGUUACCAGGGAAGAAGUGCAUGUUGCACUGAUGGAGCUCAUGAAAUGGAGAUCAGAAGGGUUAGACCCACUGUAUGCCCAAGCUGUUCAGGUUAAACAGCGAGACCCUGUGACUGGAAAAAUGAAAAUUGCUAACCCCCAAAGCAGUAGGCUAGUAUGGGAAACUUGUCUUAGUGAAUACAAGUCAUUAGGAAAGGUUGCAGUUAGGCUUAUCUUCCUACAUGCAACUUCUUGCGGGUUUAAAUGUAACUGGUCUUUGAUGAAGUGGAUUUGUGUCCACAGACACUCACGAAUAGGCCUUGAGAGGGCUCAGAAGAUGAUAUUCAUUGCAGCUCAUUCAAAGCUUGGCAGGAGGGAUUUCUUCAAUGAGGAAGAAAAGGAUGCAGAGCUGUUUAUGAUCGGUAGUGAGGAUGAUAUGCUCAAUGAAGUGUUCGCAGAUGCACCAUAAGUAGUUGGGUUUGCUUGGACCAGUUGAGCUUGUGGUGAACCAGAUUUUGAUAUCCGCCCAAAUGGGUCAACCUCGACUGAACUUCAGAGCAUAUCUUUGUUGCUGAAGGGCACUUCUUGCUGAUAUGAUCGACUGUAUUGCCUGGGUUGUCUGGUUUUGCCAAUGUGGAGCCCACGACGAGGAGUGGAUGUCCAUCUUAGUGCUUUGGUUGUCAUAGUCAAGGAAAAGCUGGGCCCCCUUUGUUUUCAAACUUUUAAUGUCAAGAUUGAAAACUGAAGUUUUGCGUGGUUAUCGGGUAGGAUAGCUGCUACAAAGUUUUGAGCAAAGUGGAAGCAAAGAGGUCUGUCGGCUUCGGGAGGCACAUAAGAUGGUUGAUAGGGAUAUUGCAACAAACUUAACUUGAUUUUGCAGGUUCUGCAUUUCUGGGAGCAUAGUUGACUAACUCAGCAGGAACUUGGAACUGGAAUUAAGGGCCUGCAGUUUCUGGCAGGUGAAGCAUUCGAAUGCACUGCAAAUACCACAUGUAGGCAUAUGCUGUGAUUAUUGUAACAGUACCAGUAAUAGGUGAAAAGGUAAGUUUAGAAUGAAGGCUAAAUAUAGCAUAGGAGGUAUUUGAUUGGUCAUGAUAUUAUUUUUUUCCCAAUAGUAGCAAAAUUGCCCACUAUCUUUAAUUUCCUAUCUGUCACUCUUCAUGUCACGCCGCUGACUGGCAAUCUCAUAGAAUUUUUCUAGAAGCCAUUGCCACAGCAAUUCCUCUAUUGACGGGAAGCCCUAUCAAAUAACUUGAACUUUGCACCGUAGUACUGGCAUGUGCUCUUUCUCUCUCUUCAGGCUUGGCUUAGAUUUGUCUACCGACCUUCAUAUGUAGUUGGUAUGUUAUUACAAAAUGUUGAAAUUACUUAAGUUUUCACCUUUAGAGUCAACUAAAGUCAGCGCACUGCAGCAGAGUGAAUGUAGAUUUUUCCACCCUUUCAUUUGUCGUUGCUCUUUGAAUUUGGGGGACGGACAGACGAGGGACCUGUCGGCAAGGCCAAGUAAUGCUGACCGCUCACCAACUAGAAAGGAGGCUUUUUUAACCCGUAUGGUAUGCCUUAUUGUUCAUUCCACUAAUUUUCUUUGGUAAAGGGGAAGGAGGUAUAAUCAUUAGUAUAGGACAGGACCCUCUUUCUACAAGAAUCUUGACACUUUCAAUGCUACCCCAUGAUUAACCUUCCUUUUUAUCAUGUUCUCUUUUUUGUUUUUCCCUUUUCCACUUAUACAGCUCUUGAUUGUUUUUGAAUUUGAAGCAGAUCCAUGUAAAGACAUGUGAGAUGAUGUUGAUUUGGAUUGCCAUUGGUAUAAUACUCAUUGCUUUGUGGCCCU